AUGGAUGUGUCGGCUUCAGGCUGCCGAACACUUUCACCAACGGCAAAUGCUACCGCCAUACGACCAGAACUGCAUCCGAAUAAAAUCCAGUACUUCAUCUUCAGAGGAGCCACAGUGAAGCGCUCUUCGAAACAGUUAACAUACUGCCAUUACCAGAGAACACGCUGUGGAAUCCCCUUUGUGUUUGAGAGUAACGAGAGGGCUGGUGUUUUACCACAGUGCUUCAACAGCAAGGAUCCGAAGCUCUAG